UCUGGAGGCUGGCUGCUCGCGCCGCUAACACUGUUCACCUCCAACAGAGAAACUUUCCUGGAGUUCUCAGGCUCUUCUGACUGCGGACCAAGUCAACCCCUGCUCAGAGGAAGCCGCAGCGGUUCGGGAGACAGACCGUGGCGCUAAAUUAGGCUAUUCACUUCUACAGCCGAGGAACGUUACAUGCCCUAUUUUAUUUAAAACUUCUGAAAGUGAAGCCAACGUUUUUCCCUGGGUAAUGUUAGCGUAUUAAGUAGGCUACAUCCAUAUACCGAGUCGGGUAGGAGGUCUGGCUGCCUACAGGAAUAUGCUCAGGAAUACAAAAGUUUUUUCUCACUAGUAAAAAGUAAAAUACGUUUUUUCACGGAGCUGAAAGUAACGUAACUGGACCUCUUUUCCCCCUAAACUCCCCCCCCCCCCUUCUUCGGAUUCGGUAUGGAUAUGGCUUGGAUUAUAUGGGGCCUCUUAUCUUCUUUCGGGUUGAUUCUCUCCCCGGUGUGUGUGUCAGCGGAGCAGCAGCAGAGCCAGAGCGGCUUCAGGAGGCUGUACGUUCUCCAGCCCGGCCCGGGCCCGGGGGCGACCGGAGCGGGUGGAGGGGUGCGAGUCAGCUCCAUCUCGACGCGUCACGGCGCGGCGGGGCAGCCGCACACGUACAACGUGGAACUCACCUCCAGCCUCGGUGGCCAGGUCCGGACCCGCAGGAUGGGGAGCCAUGCAGCUUCAACCCCGCAGCUGAGCCAGGAGCAGAGCGGACAGGAGCAGAGCCAGCAGAGGCAGCUCAUGAAACUGUCUGGGGUGAAUGUCUGUGGAGGGCACUGCUGUCAUGGAUGGAGCAAAGCUCAGGGAUCGCAGCGGUGCACAAAGCCCAAUUGCAUCCCUCAAUGCCAGAAUGGAGGAAUGUGCCUCAGGCCUCAGCUCUGUGUCUGCAAGCCUGGCUCAAAUGGGAAGGUAUGUGAACAGAAGACUGUGCCCACACAUCCCUUCCCAGCACUGCCUGGGAAUGGACCCACCAAUGGACACACUAAUGGUCCCACUAAUGGACACAAUGGGGUACCCCAGCGGCCUAUACCACAGCAAGUGCUUCCCAAUGGGCAUGCCUCUGCCCCCCCUCCAUCUAGCAACAUGGCCCAGAUGAAACUAACUGUCAAGCCGGCCCAGCUUGUACGACCACAUUACAUCCAACAGCACAUCCAGCAGCAGAUUCGGCCCAUGCACCCAGGUCAGAGCCAGCAGUAUGUUAUAAAGCCCAAAUACUACCACACACACCACACACAGACGCAUGUCCAGUCCCAUCCUGAGAGGCCGAUCCCCCUUACAGUGGGGCACAGCCCUAUCCAUGUCGUGUGUCACCUGCCGUGUAUAAAUGGCGGCAAAUGCAGUGCCAGGGAUAAGUGUCAGUGUCCUCCCAGCUUUACUGGAAAGUUCUGCCAGAUGCCCAUUCAGAACGGACACCAGCAGCACCAGCAGACAUCAGGCAGCUACAGUCAAACUCAAGUCCACUCCACACAUACAUUGCCUCUGACCUACAGCAACGGCCAGAGUCCUGUGUUCAGCCCCAGCAUCGUCAACAUCCACAUCAAACAUCCUCCAGAGGCCUCUGUCCAGGUACACCAGGUGUCUCAGCUGGACAACUACCACAACAACGGGCACCAGCUGAAAGGUUCCCAGUCAGGCUCCUCUUCAUCCACCAGCUAUAGAUACCACCACACAGAGAGCAGCCAGAAUAUCCAGCACCACGGCUACAACAUAGUUUAUCCCAGCCAGCAUGGCUACCAGGUCCCGCAGUACCAGCCCGUCACCUCCAAGAACACGCUGGGUCGCUGCUUCCAGGAGACUGCAGGGAGUCAGUGUGGAAAGGCUCUGCCAGGUCUCACUAAGCAGGAGCAGUGUUGUGGGACCAUUGGGACGUCCUGGGGUUUCCACAAAUGCCAGAAAUGUCCAAAGAAACCAUUAGCAACAACUGCACCAGAUCAGGAGCUGGUAGUUCCUGUGAUUAGUUACAGGCCAGUAGUUGAACCUAUCCUGCCCCAGCUAUCUCCGGGUGUAUCCACUGUCAAGAUCGAGGCAGCUUACCCAGAGGUUGUUGAGAGGAGCUCUCCACCUGCACCAGUCGAGAUCCUCCCAUCAAAUGCAGGCCAGGACAUCGCUCCCACCCAGUCAGCUGAGGUGGAUCAGUGCCAGAUCAGCCCUUAUAUUUGUGGCUCAGGGAUUUGUUACAACACAGCUGAGAGUUACACCUGCCACUGUGAUGAGGGAUACCGCCUGAAUGACGCCCAAACCACCUGUGUAGAUGUAGAUGAUUGUCUGGAAAGCCCAUCUUUGUGCUUUGGCGGUCGCUGCGAGAACACAGAAGGCAGCUUCCUGUGUGUUUGUCCGCGGGGAUUCCUCGUCGAUGAAGAGGGAUCCAGCUGUGUUGAUUUCGAUGAAUGUGCAGACAGGACAGUGUGUCCUUCUGGUAUCUGCUUCAACGUGCCGGGGAGCUACAACUGUGGCUCCUGUCCUAAUGGCUUCUUGGCACAGGGAGGCCAAUGUGUUGAUAUAGAUGAGUGCCAGGAUCAGCGGGUCUGUACCAGAGGCCACUGCCAGAACACUGAAGGCUCCUUUAUCUGUCUGUGUGGGCCAGGUUUCAGAGUGUCCCCAGCUGGAGACCACUGUGAUGAUGUGGAUGAGUGUUUAGAAGACCCCAGGCCCUGUGAGGCUGUCGGGGAGUGUGUUAACAACAUGGGCUCCUACACCUGUACCUGCCCCAGGGGAUACCGACAGGUCAACGGCACCAGCUGCAGAGAUAUUGAUGAGUGCGUGGAUGAACCGGAGCUCUGUUCCCCCCAUGGCGAGUGUCUCAAUACAGAGGGAUCCUAUCUGUGUGUGUGUGAGAGUGGAUUCACGGCCAACCUCGACACACCCACCUGUGAUGAUAUUGAUGAGUGUGGGCUCAAUGAGACAAUGUGUGGCCCUCAUGGUUUUUGUGAGAACAGACUGGGUUCCUUCCGAUGCCUCUGUGACCAGGGCUACCAGGAGACCCAGGAUGGCCAAAGCUGUGUGGAUGUGAACGAGUGUGAGCUGCUGAGCAGUGUGUGUGGAGAAGCCCAGUGUGUGAACGUUGAUGGUUCCUUCCUCUGUGUGUGUCCCAGCGGCCAGGACUACAACGUCAUGAUCGCCAAGUGUGAACCCUUUCCCACAGCGUCAUCAGUGGAGCGUAAGGAGUGCUACUAUCGUCUGAAUGAUGAGAACCUGUGUGAGAGUGUGCUGACCAGCCACGUCACCCUGCAGGAGUGCUGCUGCACUUUGGGAGCCGGCUGGGGUGACAACUGUGAGGUGCAUCCCUGUCCUGUCAAUGGCACAGACCAGUUCAAUCAGAUGUGUCCAUCUAAAAGAGGUUUUAUUCCCAGCGGAGACGUGCUGUACGGAGUAACCACAGCUGAGAGCUACAAAGAUGCAGAUGAAUGUACACUGUUUGGUCAGGAGGUGUGUAAAGGAGGCUUCUGUCUGGAUACUGUGGGCAGCUACGAGUGUUACUGCAAGACCGGACAGGACUACGACUCUGCCAACCUGGAGUGCAGAGACAUCAAUGAGUGUCUGGAUGAGUCAGUGUGUGUUGGUGGACAGUGCAUAAACACAGAUGGCUCAUACAUGUGUUUCUGUACACAUCCCAUGAUGUUGGACCCCAACAGUAACCGCUGCAUCUUUGUUCCCGAGGUAGCCGAGCAACAUGAGUCGGAUCGGGAGCACUACCAGGAUAUCUGCUGGCAGACGGUGACAGAAACCCUGUCAUGUACGAGGCCGCUGGGUCAAGAGAGGAAGACCACAUACACAGAGUGCUGCUGUCUGUAUGGAGAGGCCUGGGGCACGUACUGUGCCCUGUGUCCACCCAGACACACCGAGGAUUAUGCAGCUAUGUGUAACCUUCCUCUGGGUGAAGGCCGGCGGCCAUAUGGUCAUGAUGCCCUUGUUGCUGGCCCAGUCCAUGAAUAUGAAGUGAACCCGGACUAUUCACCGUCACCUGAGCAGCAGGCUGGCCUGCCUUUUUACGAGAAUGAGGAGUAUCCAUACAAGGCUUUUGAGGGUUUGCAAGCAGAGGAGUGUGGAAUACUGAACGGCUGUGAGAAUGGUCGGUGUGUCCGGGUUCAGGAGGGUUACACCUGUGACUGCUUUGAUGGAUACACCCUGGACCUGUCCCGCAUGGCCUGCGUUGAUGUGAACGAGUGUUCAGAACUAAACAAUCGGAUGUCGUUGUGUAAAAAUGCAAAGUGCAUCAACACAGUGGGCUCCUAUCAGUGUGAGUGUCUGCCGGGCUUCUCUGCCUCUGACAAACCUAACUACUGUGUGGAGGCAACAGUACACCAAACAUCAACACACACACAGUGAGCAUGGAUGGACACUAGUGGGCGACAAAAGACACUAAAACCACAUGCACAAGCUUGUAUUACUAUACUUGUGAGGACGUCCACUAACUACAUUCAGUCACUGCCAAAUCCUCAACACUAACCUAAAGUAGAGCUCACUGGUUGAAAUGUCCAGCAGCACUCCCAGAUCACUCACAGCUGAUCAUGUGGCAGUGACCUGAAGGAAAGUUAGAGAUUAGGGGGUCAUAUAACAAAAUCACAAGCGCACAGUGUGUGUACAGUGUAAAUGAUACAAAUCCUCCAGAACCUAAACCUUAAACCUUGCCUGGGAAUUAAACUCAUCCUUAUUCAAAUUUACUCCAUAAUCUAACAACUAAUCUAAAUCCAGAUCUACCGUUUAUCAGUGUCAUUAUAUUUACUCAUUUCCUGCAUUUCCCUUCUGUUCUACAACACUAUAGAUUUUUUUUAGUACUUCUGUUGUAUUACAUUUGAUAUAUUUUCUUAAUUUUACUGGUUUUCCAAUAUGGACAUAAUUUAUAUAAAUGAACCCUUCCUCAGUGUUAGAAAGUACUCCCAAUGUCCAAGAGUUAGAUUAAUGUCUGUGUGCUAUCAAUGGAGCUACAGUCAGGAAGAAGUGAUUAGCCUAACUUAGCAUAAAGUCUGGAAGCAACUUCCAGUCUUUAUGCUCAGCUGUACUUACGCAGAAAUGAGAGUUGUAUCAUUGUACCUACAGUAUCUCACAAAAGUGAGUACAUCCCUCACAUUUUUGUAAAUAUUUGAUUCUAUCUUUUCAUGUUUCAACACUGAAGAAAUGACGCUUUGCUA